UUUUUUUUUUUAUUGAUUUUAUGCUUAUACUUUUAUAAUUAAAAUGGGUAAAGAAAAGACUCACGUUAACGUUGUCGUCAUUGGUCACGUCGAUUCUGGAAAGUCCACAACAACCGGACAUCUUAUCUACAAAUGCGGGGGUAUUGAUAAACGUACAAUAGAGAAAUUUGAAAAAGAAGCCGCAGAACUUGGAAAAGGUUCAUUUAAAUAUGCUUGGGUUUUGGAUAAACUAAAAGCCGAACGUGAACGUGGUAUCACCAUUGAUAUCGCUCUCUGGAAGUUCGAGACUCCAAAAUAUUAUGUUACUGUCAUUGAUGCUCCAGGACAUCGUGAUUUUAUCAAAAACAUGAUUACUGGUACCUCUCAGGCUGAUUGUGCUAUUUUGAUCAUUGCCGCCGGUACUGGUGAAUUUGAAGCUGGUAUCUCCAAAGACGGUCAAACUCGUGAACAUGCUCUUUUGGCAUAUACUCUUGGUGUAAAACAACUUAUUGUCGCCGUAAACAAGAUGGACACAACCAAUUGGUCGGAAGAACGUUUUAAUGAAAUUGUCAAAGAAGUAUCAGGCUUUAUUAAACGUGUUGGAUAUAAUCCAAAGACUGUUGCUUUCGUCCCAAUAUCCGGCUGGCACGGUGAUAACAUGUUGGAAGAAUCUUCAAAUAUGACCUGGUUCAAAGGAUGGGAAAAAGAAAUUAAAGGUGGUGCCAAAGUUAAGGGCAAAACGCUUUUGGAAGCCAUUGACUCAAUUGAACCUCCAUCUCGACCUACCGAUAAACCCCUUCGUCUUCCACUUCAAGACGUCUACAAGAUUGGCGGUAUUGGUACCGUGCCAGUAGGUCGUGUUGAAACCGGUAUUAUUAAGGCCGGUAUGGUUGUAACCUUCGCCCCUGUUGGUCUCACCACUGAAGUAAAAUCAGUUGAAAUGCACCACGAACAAUUAGUUGAAGGUGUACCUGGGGACAAUGUCGGUUUUAAUGUCAAGAACGUAUCAGUCAAAGAAAUUCGUCGAGGUUACGUCUGCUCCGAUUCCAAGAAUGACCCAGCCAAGGAAGCUGCUUCCUUCCAAGCUCAAGUUAUCGUUCUUAACCAUCCUGGUCAAAUCGGUGCUGGUUAUGCCCCUGUAUUGGAUUGCCAUACCGCUCAUAUUGCUUGUAAAUUCGCUGAAUUGCAAGAAAAAAUUGAUCGUCGUUCCGGCAAAAAACUUGAAGACAAUCCCAAAUUUGUUAAGUCUGGAGAUGCCGCUAUCGUUAAAAUGAUUCCAUCCAAACCGAUGUGUGUUGAGGCUUUCUCUGAUUAUCCUCCUUUAGGUCGUUUCGCUGUAAGAGAUAUGAGACAGACUGUCGCUGUUGGUGUUAUCAAGUCCGUCGAGAAAGUUGAUAAGUCAGGAAAGACUACUAAGGCAGCCAUUAAAGCAUCUAAGAAGUAAAAUAAAAGAUGAAAAAAAAAUUCCCGCUUCAUCUUUAAUGACCAUUAUAUGACUCUUAUAUUGUAAAAAUUUCCCCAACCAAAAAAUCGUAAGGAGUUGUUUUAAAACUAAUAAAAUGGGUUUUCAUAUUAAUAUAAAUACAAAAAAAAAACCUAGUGUAAUUAUUGCUUAUUGACUUGUAACAAACAAAAUAAAAAAAAAAAGCAAUAGAAUAAAAGUAAUUGUGUCAAUUUAUUAUACUUUUUUCAAUUGAUAUCUUUAUAAAUAAAUAAAAUAUUGGUUAUUUAAAUUUUA